UGGCAUCAGGAUAAGGCUGUAACCAUGGUCACAGGAAUUCGAAACAGCAGGCAAGAACUACCGGCCAACAAUGGGCAACAACACCACCACAUGGCCAUGGGGCGUUUCGGAAUCUCCUAAACCUUUCCUCCAUUUUCUCCUGGAGUUGUUUAUUCUUGAGUCCAAUUUGUAUUUCAAUGAGUGUGCACACAUUACCAGCAAUUGUGGUCGUUUAGAAAAUUACUGAUCCGUAAUCCGCCCCCAUCUGCAAUUAGAGAGAGGGAAAGAGAGAGAGAUGAAGGCGAGCAAGCCGAAGGCAGUGGUUGUUGGGGGCAGCAUAGCAGGGAUAUCGUGCGCUCAUGCUCUCCAAGCAGCAGGAUGGGAAGCCGUAGUGCUCGAGAAAUCGAGCGCACCCCCUACCGGAAGUCCAACCGGUGCUGGGCUUGGGCUGGAUCCUAUGGCUCGGAAAUUCAUUGAUUCGUGGCUUCACCAACCUCACCUUCUCCACAACACCACCUUGCCCCUCACCAUCGAUCAGAACCAAGUAACAGAUGGGGAGAAGAAGAUCAGCUGGACACUGGCAAGGGAUGAAGACUUCAAUUUCAGAGCAGCGCACUGGGCCGGUCUCCAUGGCCUUCUAUAUAGGGCUCUACCACCCCACAUGGUCCUCUGGGGUCAUCUCUUCCUCUCUUUCUGCGUGUCAGACGACAAGGCCUCUGUUAAAGUUACAGCCAGAGUUCUUCAAACUGGGGAGAUCAUUGAGAUAGUUGGGGAUUUGCUCAUUGCAGCAGAUGGGUGCCUGUCCAAGAUCCGUCAGAGUUUCCUACCUGAUCUUAAACUGAGGUAUUCAGGUUACGCUGCGUGGAGGGGUGUUCUCGAUUUCUCGGGGGAUGAGAAUUCAGACAUCAUUGUUGGCAUUCGCAAGGCUUAUCCAGAACUUGGGAAAUGUUUGUACUUUGACUUAGGCCCGGGAACCCACUGUGUGCUCUAUGAGCUUCUGAACAAAAGGAUCAACUGGAUUUGGUACGUCAAUCAACCAGAGCCGGAACUGAAGGGGAAUUCAGUUACCAUGAAAGUAAGCAACGACAUGGUCAAGAAAAUGCACACAGAUGCAGAGGAAUUUUGGCUCCCAGAGUUAGCGCGAGUCAUGAAGGAAACAAAGGAACCCUUCGUCAAUGUAAUUUAUGAUUGUGAUCCUUUAGAACAUCUCUUCUGGAAUAAUGUGGUACUAGUUGGAGAUGCAGCUCACCCCACUUCCCCUCAUGGCCUGAGAAGCACAAACAUGUCAAUAUUAGAUGCUGCAGUGUUAGGGAAAUGCCUUCAGAAGUGGGGUUCAAACAACCUGCAUUUGGCACUAAAAGAGUUUGAAUCCAUCCGACUACCGGUUAUUUCAAAGCAAGUUCUACACUCACGGCGAAUGGGCCGUAUUAAACAAGGCUUGGCUCUCCCUGAUCGUAGGACUUUUGAUCCCAAGGCAGCAACUAUGGAGGACUGCCAAGAACUUCAACAGAAAAUGAUGCCCUUCUUUGCUAAUGCUCCUUUUGAGCUUUACUAGUUGAUUCUACCCGAGACUUGGUCCUGUAAUGUUUCUAGUCCUUGCUCAACUUAUCUAAUGUCCAAAUUUGACUUGUUAAUACAAAUUGGAAAAAGGAAAUUUUAUAGUAACCACACCAUUUUGUAUAUGAUGUGUUAACCUGUGCGAAGAAUUUGUAAUUUCAUCAAUUGUGUGUGUGUGUUUUAUAGAUUUUACAACACCAUUAGAUGAGCAUAACUAUUUCCUUGUAAAAAAUGCGUCUGCAGAUCAUAAGGUACUUUGUUAAUAGUUUAACAUAUGACAGUCAUAGUUCC